AUGUCUUUCACAACACCAAUUUAUCCAGGUAUCAACCUCGAAGCCAACGAGGGACCUCUAUUGAAAGCGGUAUCAAUUGCUUUCAUCGCCUUGACUGUGUGUGCUAUUGCCAUUCGCUUUUUCUCCCGCUGGUACACUAAAAUUCCUUUGGGCUUAGAUGAAUUGUUUAUUCUCAUUGCAGCAAUCCUCUCAAUUGCCUAUACAGCAGUCAUAAUUGUUGAAGUCAACAAUAACUUCUACGGACAACACGUUCACAAAUCUGAUCCGGAACAUCUUGAAGCUUAUCUGAAAGGUCUAUAUGCUUUGGCUCUUCUCUACCCCAUAGCUCUUAGCACGAGCAAAUUGUCUCUAUUGGCGCUUUACUGGAGAGUAUUCGCUGCUACUGGCGGGAAGGUCCCAAUUCUUUUCGCCGGUGCAAUCAAUGGGGCGUGGGGUGUUGCUGCUCUUUUUGUGGGAAUAUUCUCAUGCCGUCCGAUAGAAGCUUUCUGGAACACUGCCAUUGCCGCAAAAUGCAUCGAUUAUCCCGUCUUCUUUACUUCCAAUGAAGCAUUUACGAUUGCAUUUGAUAUUGUGGUUCUGUCCAUCCCAGUUUGGUUCAUUGCGCAAAUCAAGAGAAGUAUAGGGGAGCGGAUUACUAUUAGCAGCACUUUUUUGCUAGGGCUUGUGGUAACGGUAGUUUCGGCAAUUCGACUAUGGCGGCUGGUUGUUGCACAAAGAUUGCCGGGCUUUGAUCCUACUUUCAACGAAGUAGACGCCGGCCUAUGGGCAAUAAUCGAACUCAAUCUCUGGAUUCUCGUCGCCUCGAUCCCAACUUUUCGCCCCUUACUCGGCCAAAUAUGGCGCGAUUACUCUGAGAAAACAAAUCGAAGCGGCAGUGAAGAAUCCCCAGAAUACCCUCUCAGCAGAACAAGAACUACAGGUAAUUUGUUUCCCAGGCAACAGCGAGACAUGGAUCUAGACACCGAGCCCGUAUUUGGAUUCGACGACGGGAAGAGAAACUCAGGAAAUCCAUCGGAGAUGGGGCGACAUGGAAGAAAUGGUAGUUCGGGAACGGGGCUUAGUGGGGAUAGUGGAUUUGGAGAGAGCCUGGGCGUCAGGGUCGUAGAUGCGGAUUUGGAAUCGCAGAUAGAGACGGAGAUUGAGGGGUGGAGAAAUGCUUAUGGUUAUGCAUCUCAGAAGGGUGGCGGUGAGGUGGGAAGUAAACAGAGGUGGAGUAAUGGGAUGAAGGAUUUGGCCGGGAUAAAGGUGCAGAAGGAAAGAGAUGUUAGGAGGAAUGCGGGGGAUUGA